AUGUGCACGUCUUGUGAAUGCUGCAAACGGCGGGAUGAGUAUUACUACAGAAAUUUGGAUGAUGAGAAGAAAUAUUUCUUGGUGCUUCUGAUUGGUGAUUUCCGUGAUGAGAUGAUAAUCCCAGAAGAACUUGUGCGGCGUUUCAAAAGGGACAUCCUAGGGGAGAUCAAGCUAGAAACACGAAAUGGCGACAAUCAUGCUAUUGUGGUCGCCAAGAUCGAAGAAAAGCGUAUCUUUACAGUGGGUUGGAGGCAAUUUGUUGCAAACUAUGAUCUACAGAUUGGUGAUCUCUUAAUGUUCAGAUACAAAGGAAACAGUCAGUUUAAUGUCAUAAUCUUUGAUAAACUUGGUCGUGAAAAGGCCUCAUCGGUUGUUCUGGAUCCUUUUAUACCUCGUGUCCAAGACAGGGGCAACGAGGCGCAUGAAAUCGGGUCUUCUGAAAAGAUGGAUGUGCAAUGUGGAAGAUGCAACAACUGGCUUGAAUAUCACUACGCGAACUUGGAUAAUGAAAAUAAAUAUUUCUUGAUGCUUAUGAUGGGCGAUUUUCAAUAUGAGAUGGUCAUCCCAGAAGGAAUUCUUCAGCGUUUCAAGGGCGAGUUCCCAAGAGAGAUCAAACUUGAAACACAAAAUCGUCGCAGCAACAAAAUUGGAGUCACCGAGAACAAACUAGAUAUAUGCUAUAAUCAAAAGCUUGUCUUUUCAGUGGGAUGGGGGAAGUUCGUCGAAACCUUUGGGCUACAGACGGGUGACACCAUAGUACUCAUAUACAAUGGCAACUCCCAAUUUAGUGUCAUAAUCUUCGAUAAACAUGGCUGCGAGAAGGCAUUAUCAGUUAUUGUAGACCCCGUUCCGCCUCCUGUUCAAGAAAGGCGUCCCUACGGUACUAAUAUAGUGAAAAGUUCCCAUUUUUAUCCUCAGCCUAUGCAAAGGCAGCCAUUUAUCAUAGUGAAUGGGCUCCCAGUGGAAUCACCGCCAAUCGAAGGGCAGUGGCGUGCCCAACUGGAAAUGGACAAGUCAUGUCAAGGCAGCAGGGCUGCAAUAAAUACUCCCCCCUCCGAGUCAUCUGGAGGUUCUUUAUCCUCUGAACAUGGCCAGGGAGUACGUGAUGUGCCCGUUUCUAGCAACAUUGUCAAGAGGAAGGCUAAGCUAUCUUCAUCUCAGAAGGAGCAAUUGAGGGACGGUUACAUUACCGCACACAAGACCAAGCUAACUUUAGCUCAGAAGGACGUGGUGAAACAGAAGGUCCAAUCUCUUGAGUCAAAGAUCUCCAUCUUUGUUGCUGUGAUGUACAAGUGCAAUGUGGAGUCACCAUUCUUUCUGACUUUCCCCAACUACUAUGCUCAGAAGUAUCUUGGAGAGGAGGCACGGAUGCAUCUUGAGCUGCUUGGUGUGAAGUGGCAAGUGCGGUUUCCAAACAACCGUGGCGACAAAAAGCUCAAACAUGGAUGGAAACAGUUUGUGCAAGGCAACAACCUGAAGAUGGGUGAUAUCUGCCUCUUUGAACUAUUGAGCAAUCAGAGUACCAUGGUGGUCUAUGUCAUCCCUGCAAAUGAUGCCAAUGUUGAUUGA